AUGGGUUUGAUCUAUCUAACCUUAAGAUCUUCUAAUGUUGAGUUAUACGAAACUCUAUUUCGGGUGCACACCAACGGCUUUUUUAGUGGAAAAGUAGUUUGCUCGAGGAUUGACUGGCUCCUUGGUACCGAACCUCUACACCCGCGGCAGCCACGACUCAAUCGGCUGCAGUCUCUAGAUGAACAGUUGGUUCUAUCCCGACGGUUGGUUCCAAGCCGCCUUCAAGCUUUUGUUGUUUCUCGUGUGGCUGCAGUCUCUAGACGAACAGACUGCUUGCUCAAAGUCGGGCAAUUCGUGCACGCUACUUAUGGAUGA